AUGGAAGUGCGAGCGGAACGGCCAGUGGAAGUGCCCGUUGAAACGACACCCAAGGCCCGCGCCGGCUCGAACUCCAGCAAUGAAACCCGACGCCUACAAAAGGAACAGGGCCACCGUGCCAACUCUCCCAUCAACCCAAAUGGAGCGGACCUCAUCCGCCAUGGGGUGUCAUAUUCUCCCAUGCCGGCUUUCCACUUCUCCCGAGGCAAGAAGUGGCUCAUCCUGUUCGUCCUGUUCUGGGUGCAGAUCUCCAUGAACUUCAACGCGAGCGUCUAUCCCAACGCCGCGUCGGGAAUCUCCGCGGAGUUCAACAUCAGCCAUGAGAAAGUCAUGCUAGGCCAGAUGAUCUUCUUGCUGUCCUACGCGUUCGGCUGCGAGCUCUGGGCGCCGUGGUCGGAGGAGUUUGGUCGCAAAAAGGUGCUCCUGCUUAGCAUGAUGCUCGUCAACAUCUGGGCUAUAAUGUGCAGUUGUGCGAAAAAUAUCGCUACCAUCCUCGUCGGCCGUUUCCUGGGCGGCCUCUGCUCCGCUGGCGGCUCGGUCACCCUAGGCGUCGUCGCCGACAUGUGGGAUGUCAAGAACCACGGAUACGCCGUCCUCUUCGUGGUGUUCGCAUCGGUGCUCGGCUCCGUCGUCGGUCCCGUGGCCGGCGGCUACCUGGAAGAACACUGCAGCUGGCGCGCCAACUUCUACGCGCAGGCCGCCUUCGGCGUCGUCGUCCAAGCCCUACACCAGAUCCUAGUGCCCGAAACGGAGCAACGCCAAUGCGUGAAGGCGGAGAUCCGCAAGGCGAAGAAGCUUGGCGUCGUCCCGCCCGCGGAGCCGGAGCACGAGAAGAUGACCUUCAACCGCGUCUGUACGAUCUGGGCGCGGCCGUUCAAGAUGUUCUUCACCGAGGCCAUCGUGCUCUGCCUCUCACUCCUCUCGGGUUUCUCCGACGCGCUGAUCUUCACCUUCCUCGAGUCGUUCAAGCCCGUCUUCUCCCAAUGGGGCUUCGGCCCUAUCGGCGUCGGCCUCGCCUUCCUCCCCAUCGGCGUCGGCUACCUCAUCGGCUACCUCUCUUUCUUCUACCCCAUCCGCCGCUACAUGUUCAAAAUGGACCGCCACCCGCAGUCCGCCCGCCCCGAGGACCGCCUCUGGUGGCUCCUCUACCUCGCGCCCCUCCUCGUCGUCGGCCUCUUCGGCUUCGCCUGGACCUCCGGCGGCCCCGACGAAUUCCACUGGAUCGUCCCCAUGUUCUUCGGCUGCCUCGUCGGCAUCGCGAAUUUCGGCAUCUACAUGGCCACCAUCGACUACAUGGUCGCCGCGUACGGGCCCUACGCAGCGUCGGCCACCGGCGGCAACGGUUUCGCCCGCGACUUCCUCGCCGGCAUCUCCGCUCUGUACGCGGGGCCGCUGUACCGCGACCUCGGCCCCAGGCGGCGGCUGCAGAAGGCGAGCACGCUGCUCGGCGGCCUGUCGAUCGCGUUCGUGAUUCCGGUGUAUAUCUUCUACUGGCUGGGCCCGGAGAUUCGCGCGCGCAGCAAGUUCUCACAGAAGAUCACUCGGAAGAUGGAGCGGGAGGCGCAGGAGGAGCAGAGGUUGCGGCAGACAAUGUCAAGGGGUGGCGGGCCGUCGGAGGCGUCGUCGUCCGAGAGUGUAAGGGAACCGAAGGUGGAGGAGGCAGCAAGGGUGAUGCAGGUUCAAGCGCCGUCGCCAUCGCAUUCGCCGAAGUAG